AAACUCAUCUCCAUCUCGCCCGCCCGCUCACUCGAUCAGUCAGUCGCGCGUCGGUUUAGGGCAGCCGUAUACCUUACUUGAGUAUUUCUAGUAAUUAAUACAAAAAUCAGAACAAUCAUGAGCUCCAAUGAAAAUAACAGUGAAGUGGCAGUAGACAAGGUAGGCGAUGAGAAGACUGGGGACGCUAAAAGUGACCUGAAAGGAGCCAAAAGGGCAGCAGAGGAGAAAACAACGGACGCGAAAAAAGCGCGAAAGGAGGAAAACGGAGGCGGUGGGGAAGACGAAGCUCACAGUGACGAAGAUGAUUUGGAAGGAUUAGGAUUUGAAGAGGGCGACGGUGAAGAAGACGAUGACGAAGAAGUUGAGGGUGAAGAAGGCGAAGAGGAUGAGGAAGAAUUAGGGGAAGGAGAGGACGACGAUCUCGAAGAUGAAGAAGUAGAAGAGGAGUUAUUAGGUGAAGAGGAAGAGGAUGACGCGUAAUACGUCUCGUGCCUCUUUUUAAGGACAAUGUCACAGUGAAGUAAUAUAGUGUAUGUGACGCCCCGGACUGGCGCGGCCGCGCUUCGCCCCAACUGACUCGCAAGCGACAGCCCCAACACACAACAGGCGGCAGUUGGGAACACGCGUGGCCGACAUCACUCCCACCUAAAACGGGUGCACUUCUAUUUGAAUGACAAAACACGUAAUUAAGUCUAAUUCAAUGCAGAAUAAAAAAAUAUCGUUUAAGUUCGGUACUGAAGCUGUAUCAAUUUUUUAAAGUUCACUGCAACAAUUAAUUAGUUAAGACUUAGUAGAAUACUGUUGAAUUUUGUCAUGAAAUGUACAAAUGUGUUUUCGGAAGUAAACUUUAUUUCUAAGUGAAAACCCAAUCUGUAUUUAGGUUAACCUGUAAGCCCAAAUGGUGAAGUUGUGAUAUUUUUCUAUUUACAGUAGCAUAAUUAUUCACAUUGUAUUGAAAUAUAGAAAUAACCCGGCCCGGCUGUAUUAAUUAUUAAUAUAGAAUAAGCAAUUAAGUCACAAAGCUCAAUUCUUCAUUUUCCUGUUGUUGAUGAGAGUUUGUGUGUACAUAUUUAGUGUAAGGGAAGCCUGAGAGUUUUAUGCUCAGUAAUGUUAAAUAGUGUGGUUAUUGCAUUCAUUCAGAUGCUCCUGUUGUUUUCAAUAAAUUGCGGUUUGCCUUUCCUAUAUCUCCACUGCUUCGUCGACUCUUUACACUCCUACCGCAUAGUAAAAAUAGUUUCAAACCUUUCAUAAACAUUCAGAACUUGAGGAGUUUGGCGGCCGACGUUGAAGUGUAUCACUGAACUCUGCAAUCGCAAACUAAAGACAUAUAUUUGUUGCAAAUAUUAGAAAAACAUCACAAUUUUGCCAUUAUCUCGAGCAUAUCGCGCGCCCGCCGCCCGCUCCCCUAACGACUGAUAAAGAGAGCGCGACGGCCGUCGCGUCGCGAUAGCGACGCUAACAUCUAAAACCUGCCUGUAAUUUUGUCCAUAUUGUUAAUUAGGAUAGCCCCCGCAGUUCGGUAUUCCAUCGUUUGAAGUGUGGAAUAAGAGAUUUCUAGGUUAAAGAGAAUUAGUAUGUAGGUUGGUACGUUAUAUUAGACGAAGGGACGCGACGGGAGUUCGCAGCGAGGCCGGUAGGGAGGGCGAGCGGCGUCGGUCCCCCUCCCGCGAGCGCGUGGCCUCGUUCGAUUUGCCGCGCGCCGGCUUGGGUCCCCGCGCUCUCCACCCCGCCGCGCGUCUGACGCGCCUGGCCCGCACCAAGCCACGGCAACGCGUCGUGUGCGUGGAAAAACACUCUUUACACGCGAUACAUCGCCUUCCGUCCCACUAGAGCCGGAGCGGCGAUGUAUGAUUAGAGUGCGUCCACCGAGACGCCGAUCACACCGUCUAUCCACCUUUCGAGCUCGCACCGGCCCAUACCGGGCGCCGGACGAUUCAAUAAAUACAAAUCGUGAAUGACUAUAUUUUUUUACUUCACCCGGCGCUCUUGUGAGAUGGACGAGUGAUUAUAAUAUUAUACAUUUAGCAAAAUUCAAAUCGAUACGAAUACUUGACCUUAUUUUGAUUAGAAUUGACAUUGGAAUGAAAUAAAAUUUAAUCAUAUUAAUUAUAUCGUGUCGCCUUUCGUUUAUGGUAAGAAUGAGCUGUCGCAUGUGUACGAUGUACGACUAAUGUGAAUACCUUAGUACGAUUUUUAUUUAUUUGUGAUGUUGAACACUAUUGAUUUUCUACGAUGGACGAAAUGUAAAUACAACCGAUUUUAAGUAAAACGUUAUUUUGUUU